GCGCUCGCGCUGUGAUGGGACUACAAGGCUGUUAGCGCUCUCCGCUUCCUCCUCUUCCAUCAUGGCUCCCUCCAUAGACAGGCAGGGAUACUGGGGGCGGCCCACCUCAACGCUGGAAUGGUGCGAGGAGAAUUAUGUCGUUUCUUUUUACAUCGCUGAGUUCUGGAACACUGUCAGCAACCUGAUCAUGAUCCUUCCUCCUUUAUAUGGAGCUGUCCAAACUUUUCGGGACGGCCUGGAGUUUCGCUAUAUUUGCUCGUUUCUCGGACUCUCAGCUGUAGGUGUUGGUUCCUGGUGUUUCCACAUGACACUCCUGUAUGAGAUGCAGCUGCUGGAUGAGUUGCCAAUGAUUUACAGUACAUGUGUCUUUGUAUACUGUCUGUAUGAGUGCUUCAAGCAGGAAAACGGCAUCAGUGUAUUUCCUAUAGUAUUGUUGGUCAUUUUCAGUGUCUCAGUCACAUUGGUGUACUUGCAGUGGAAGGAGCCAGUUUUUCACCAGGUCAUGUACGCUGCCCUGGUAGCUUGCCUUGUGUUGCGUUCUAUCUUCAUUGUGACAUGGGUGUAUCCGUGGCUCAGGGGGCUCUGUUACACAUCUUUAGGGAUCUUUCUGUUAGGCUUCCUACUCUGGAACAUCGACAACAUCUUCUGUGACUCUUUAAGAGCCAGUAGAAAAAUGCUGCCCCCUGGUGUUGGAGUAGCAACUCAGUUCCAUGCCUGGUGGCACAUCUUCACAGGUCUCGGUUCCUACCUGCACAUACUGCUCAGUUUGCAGAUCCGAUCCACCUACCUCAAGCACAGACCGAAGGUUAAGUUUGUGUUUGGAGUCUGGCCCACGCUGCACAUUGAACCACAGAAGACAAGCUGAGAGGAGAAGAUGUCUACUAGCUAAAGGAUGGAGACUGCCAAAUAAGGCAAUCCUGGCAAAUAGAGCUGCCAGUUCUGCCUUUCUAAUGCUGGGGAACUGGUCCCAGUCAGCGGCUUGGUGAACCGCAGGGCUCCAACUUAGGGACCUUAGUACAGCAUAGCACUGAAUUAAAUGUCAAGAAACUGAAGAUUAUUUUUAUUGAUAAUAAUUUAUUAGACUAGUUUGUUAAGUUAUUUUAAGUGGGUAGUGUUUAUUUUUUAUUUUUCAUUGCAGUGAAUGAAUGACGUAGUUCACUUCUGUGGUAAAUAUAGAAGGACUUACAGACAUUUCAUUGAUUUGAAAAAUUGUUGAAUAUUUCCAAUUGAUUCAAAAUUCUGUUUUAUUUAUAACCAAUCAGAUAAAUAAUCAAAUCGAAUGAUCCAUAAUAUAUAAAUUUCUCCCUUCAAAUAUGACAUUACCCUUAUUCAGGCUCAGCUCCUCAAGCUGGGUAGCUUAUAAUAUAGUUAUUGCGGGGGAAAAAGGAAAUAUACUUAUAAUGGAUUUAAUACAAGAGGAAAAUCCAUCUUAUAAACUUAGCUGAAGAUUUUUACUUGAUGUUUCCAUAAAAAUGAUUUUCCAUAACUGGAAUUCUGAUGCUUUCUAAAAAUCCCUAAUUAUGUUGCCAAAUUUGCACUUUUGUUUUAUUACUAAGUACUCAUCCAAUGUGUGAAACGGUUUAACUGUUUACUUGCUGUAAUGUUUUAAUGAAAGUAACGUUCUAACACAGGUUUUAUUUCCCAAAGUCCCCAGAACAUCUGAGCCUCAGGUUUUUCCUAAGAGAGUCCUAAAUGAAGCAGCUGCUUAAUUGGAAUGACAACCUCUAGACAUGGGAUGCUUUAUGGUACCAAGAUAAAGCGAUCUUUCAAAAUUAAGGUUUUAAAACGUGCUUAAAAUGUAGAAAAUUUCUGUCUAAUGUAGAAAAUGUUGAAGUAAUUUUCAUUGGUUCACACUGCUGAUCAGCUGGCUGAAAAAGAUUCAUGCUAGUGAUGGUCCAGCAGCUCCGAUGCCGCAUCGAGCUCACAGAGUAAAACUCCAUGUUGGUGCUCGGAUCGUUUGUAGAGUCUUAUGACUGAUAAAGGAGCGGCUUGAAACUGACUGACGCACUAAACUGUCAAUGAGACAAAUCUGCCACAAAAAUCUCUGAUCUUUAAAGUUUCUUUAUCAAAUUCAUCAGGAAAUAUGGAGGGACCAAUUUUUUUUAGACCAUUUAGAUCUCAUAUUUGUUUUAAUUUUCUCCUUAUGUCAUCCUGCUCCUCUCAGUUAUCACUCAAGUUAUCUGAAUUUAAAUGAAAUUCAAAUCGACUUUUAGUUUACCGUUUUUACUGUACUUAUACUAGUACAUUAUUUAUUGACUGCAUCUAAACAUAUCAAACAUAUUUUCACUUUAAACAAAGAUAUGAAAUGAUAGAAUAUGAUAUAAAAUGACAUAAAUCAUAUUAUUGUACUAGGCUGGAUGUAAGAAUUGUAAAGGUCCAGCAGGUGUCAGUAUUGAGUGACUCAGUAUCAGUACAGUUUGCAAUAUAAAAAUACGCUCCCUGAUGCCUCAUCAACCAUUGCUCAUUCAUAAACGUUAUCUGCAUGUGCAAGAAGAAGAAAAAAUGUCUGUUUAUCGAAAUGAAUAAAACAAUAACUUUAAGUAACCUGCUGUUAUAAUAAUAAUGUAACCGUUUUUGUUUGGGAUAAGAAUUUGUUGUUUUCCCUUUUAGUAACAGAGAUCAGUAGAUACUGAGACCUAUACUUCAUUAAAUUGACAUAAACACAGACAGCAAAUUUAAUUCUUACAAAUACUAGGAUCAGAAAAAUAUCUGGGAUCAGUUUUGGACGUCUUUUUAAUAGAGAAUACUGUCUUUUUUUUAUCAUCAAAAAAAUUUUUUUUAUCAGUAAUUAAAUGAAAUUACAUUUUUUUAAAGCUUUAUAAAAAUUGAAAAGAGCCAGAGAGUCUAAGACCGGCCCAUGCUUAAUUACCAGAAGAUCUUUGUGCCUCAUUUAGGAUCCUUCUUGGAAGAAAAAAACUUGAAAGUGUUGUGAAGUGAGCCGGUUAGAUAUGAUUGAUCAAAAUAAAAAUGUGAUUAUUCAAAUGAAAUCCGAUUUAACCUCAGUCAGAGAGCAAUGCUUCACUGGCAUGCUUUUAAACACUAUUAACCUCUGAAUGAACACCACACUUUCACAUCGUUUAAUCUGCUGCAUUUUACGUAAAAUACUUAUUUAUUCAUCUUCCUCUGUUUAACUUUUCGACAUCUUCUAGCUGGUUUGAUGAAACUGAAAACCUCUAUGAGUAGUUCAUGAUAAAACCACUAGAUGGCGUCCUGUUCCAGCUCAUUGUGGAGACUGGAACCUGAGCUGCUGGAAUCUGGCUCAGCUCUCAUGUCUUUGACUUUGUGUUAAUGAAGGGCUUUUUAUGUUCUGUUACUGUGAAGCAGUGGAUGUGUAUCUGCAUCAAACAAACUUGAAAUAACUGGUUCUCUAUAAUAUGCAGACUUUAGCCACUGAGGGUUAUAUUCUGAACAGUGCGUGUUACUUUAUUUUUCAUGAUGUACUUGGGUUGCUGAGUUUUUAAGCCAAGUGUUAAAAAUAUUCAUAAGCACAAUGUAUGAAACCUAAGUAUUAGCGUCCUCUGAUUACUUUGCCCUGUGUUAUCUGAAGUCCCUGCUCAUUAGAACCGAGCAGGUCACAAAGAGGGUGCCUUAUUGUUAUCACUGCAGUGUAAUCCAGGUUGCCUUGAUAUUUAAAGAAGCAUUUCAUUUUAUCCAUUGUGUUUUGUCCUUAACCUGAAUAUUAGCCAUCAGGAGGACCAACUUCCACAGCUUUUAAUGCAAAGUCUGGGCCUGAUUCUUUUGCCUUUUUUCAUAUCAUGCAUGGAAAAAUAAACUCAUUGUUCUGCAUACAUUGCUAGUAUAAAGCGAAUAUCACUUUUGUGUUUAUGGCCAGAACACCAAUCUCUGCCAGCAGCUUUGUUGUACUUUGAUCGGUCUUUGAAGAUUUUCUCUGAUGUCAAAUAAAGGAAAUUGUGUCAGAUUCAUGAA